GUCCACUCGCCAGGGCGUCAUGUACACGAGGCUCAGGCAUUGGAUGAACCGGAGUAUUUCUUCUGUUCUCGUCAGGUCAUGUACCUCCCUAUCUGCGAGUCUACAUCCUGGGGGAUGUUCCCCAGAUCUGACUGAAGAGAAAAAAAUAUGGUGUGUUAAAACAGCAGAUUAAAAUACUAGGGCAUUCCAAACAGUUAAUGAACGAUGUACGGUCAAAGCUAGAGACAAUCGUUGGCGCAUCUAAAAACUGGAGUGAACACCUUCAAUCUGUAAAGGAAAGAGCUUUAUCCAGUCAUCAACUGGUCAGCUGCCAGGAGGACUUGCCAUAUCGACGAAUGAAAGACAGUUAUCUGGAGGCUUAUCUACCAUUAGGAAGCCAGCCCAGCUUGAGAGAAAAAUACCUGAAUGUACAUAAGCAUGUAAGAUUUGGCAGGAUCCUUGAAGACCUUGACUCAUUUGGAGUUUUAAUUUGUUAUACCCAUGCCAAAACUAAUGGCAGCACAACUCCUUUUUCUAUUGUUACUGCCCUUGUUGAUGAAAUAGAUCUGGUUAAAAGGACAAUACAACCGGACUGUGACUUGAAAUUCGCUGGUAAUGUCACCUGGGUUGGAAAAAGUUCCAUGGAAGUCAAGAUGCACGUAUCUCAGUAUCACGAUAACAUCUACAAUCCUGUCUUAGACGCUACUUUCGUGAUGGUUGCGCGAGAUCCUGGAAAUAAAGGUGCAGCUUUAAUUAACCCAUUGAAACCUGAAGGUCCCGAGGAGGAGAAUCUCUUUAAACAGGGAAACUUGAACAAAGCAAAACGAACUAAGCUAAAAGAGACUUCGUUAUUAAGAACAGCACCGAAUGAGGAAGAGAGAAAAAUUAUACACAACAUGUUCCUUGAGACUUUGGAUAUGCAGACAGUAAGCUUCCGCAGUCGGGUCUUACCAGAGAAUUCAGUGUGGAUGGAAGGAACAAAGCUUAAAAGUCUGGAGAUAUGUCAUCCACAGGAACGUAAUAUCCACAACAAAAUCUUUGGCGGGUUUCUGAUGAGGAAAGCCUUUGAGUUGGCAUGGGCAAAUGCUUGUGUCUAUGGGAGUUCAAGACCUUACCCAAUUGCUGUAGAUGACAUCUUGUUUCAGAAACCAGUUGAGAUUGGUUCCCUGCUGUAUCUUUCAUCACAGGUUUGUUACACUAAAAGCAACUAUAUCCAGGUCAGAGUGCACAGUGAGGUUGUAGACCCACUCUCAAAACAGCACAGUACCACCAAUAUCUUCCAUUUCACCUUUGGUUCCGAGAAAGAAGUGAUGCAGGUUAUCCCAAAGACCUAUGGAGAAUCUAUGCUUUACUUGGAUGGAAAACGACACUUUGAAGCACAAGCCAACAGAGUCUGAAGUCUGGCAAGCUGACCUCCAUCCAAUUAAACACAAAAUAUCAAUCUGAAAUGUCAGAUGUUUAUAAAAGAUUUUUUUUGCAGAUUUGAUUUUAACAAGUGCUUUUGAAUUUUUCUAACACUGUUUGAAGACAUUCCAGUUAUUUUACUAACUUUAAUAGUACUUAAGUAUCACUGGAAAAAAAGACACCUUAAAG